AUGAAGGCUAUCAUUCUAUCGGUACUUGGGCUCGCUGUCCUGACGUCCGCUAUCCCUUCAGACUAUGAGGAUGACCUUGUAUUCCGUCGUGCUGUCAACGAUCAAUGUAAAGCCCCAGAAGGGACUGGGUCUUGCCAGAAGACAUCCAAUUGCGCUGGGAUCUCUUACCCUACCGGCCUCUGCCCCAAGGACCCAGAUGAUGUUCAGUGCUGUGUGAGAAUAAACUGCAACGUGCCUAACGUCGGACCUGGGUUCUGUCGGAGCGUCAAGAACAAUGGUUGCUCUGGUGGAAAUUUCCAUUCAGGUGUUUGUCCUGGCAAUUCAGACAUCAAAUGCUGCGUUAAAGCCAUUGCUGGGCCGCCAACACCGCCAACACCAGCUCCCACUGUGACAAAUCCAUGCACCGCUGCAGCAUACGACAAGUUAAUGUUCUCCGAUAGCAUUUCCACUUUCAUGUCUGCUAAGAACUCGGAAAGCCCAUCUUGUUUCAACUGGGGAGAUGAUGGUUGCAGUUGCUCACCAGAUGAACUUUUUGGCUAUGACUUCCUUGAUCCCUGCAAGCGCCACGACUUUGGAUACCGGAAUGGGAAGGAUAUGGGACGCUUCGAUGCAGCCUUGAAGGAGAAGGUCGACAACAACUUCAAGGACGAUCUCUAUGAUGUAUGCAACAAGUUCAGUGGCUUGCAGAACUUCAGAGGUGUCGAGUGCCGACGCAUCGCGGAUAUAUAUGUUGCCUUUGUAAAGAAGUUUGGGAAGAAGAAGAGGGAUGAGACAAGUGCAUUACUCCAGAAGCGAGAGUGUGAUCUCAAGUCUGCACUUGGAUUGUGA